ACAAGGAAUUCUUUACCAUUUUAGUGUCAUUUUCAACAUUACCGAUUCGAUUCAAAAUAAGAUUACAAGCUGGAUCUGAAGAAUCGAUAACGUCAGAAAUGGCGAAUAUGGCGAAUUACAAAUCGUAUAUAGGAUGGUAAAUCUAUCUCAGAUUGUGUGUGACAAUUUUAUGGUUACAAAUGUUCUUUAAGGUUAUUAUUUUGACGUAUAUAUUGCGUCCCAAACGAUAAUUUCAGUUAUCUGAAUAUUUUUUUCUUAACAAUGAGUCUCGUAGCAUAUGAAAGUAGUGAUGAAAGUUCAGAUGAUGAAAGAAAUAAUUGUAAUGCAGAAAAUGAAAAUAAAAUUACAUCAGAAGUUCUACAAACAAAUGAUAAAUUAUGUUUAUCGAUGUCAAACGAUAAUACUUUUCAACAAGAAAAUGAUAAAAAUAAUGUGAUUGAAGUGGAAGUACCUAGGAUAAACGAAUCAUCAGAAAAAAUACAAUUUAAUAAAUUACCUAAACCCAAAACUUUGAUUACGGAAAUAAAUAAUAUCAUAGAAGAAGACGAUAUUCCUCUGAAAAAAGAAUUUAAAUCUGGAAAAUCAGUAAAAAAAGAUCGAGUACCAGUUAAAAUAAUGGUGCCUUCUUUAUCUGAAUUUGUAGAUACUCCAAAGGAAAAUGAGCUUAAAUGUAAUAAAUUAAAGCCAUCAAAUAAGGGUACUAAACUUUUUGCAUUGUUACCUCCACCUAAAGGAAUUGAUAUUAAAAGUUCUAAUAAUUUGGUACCUACUAUUAUUAAAUCUACUAUAGAAACUAAUCAAACAAAAGUUUCAUUUAUUAAAGAUACAAAUAUAAAAACCUCUAAUAUAAGAACUAUAAAACCUAUAAUAGCAAAUUCUAUAAAUGUAACUCAUGAAUCAAAUUCUGAAGAUGACGAAAGUGAGGCAACUAUAGAUAAGGAUAAUAAUUCUAUCACAGAUUUUUUUGCUCUAACACAAAAUGAUACUGUUUCAAAUAUUUUAUCAGAUUCUAUGAGUACUGACAUAAAUUUAAAUAAUUCUGAUUUAGAAUUUAAGAAUAAUCCAAAUAAAAAUGACUCAUACUUCACAAGUUCUAAAAUUGAUAUUAAAAAAAUAUGUACAAAUAAAGCUCAAAAAACAUCAUUAAGUAAUGUCAUAGAUUUACCAAAGGAAGAAAUAUUAUUAAAAAAUAAAACAGAAAUAGGUCCAAAGUUACCAGUACCUGAACAAGAAUAUAAUAUAGAUACAGAAGGUAAUGUAGCUUUUGAUGACAAGGCUAUAGAAUAUCUUUGUGGAAAAAGAGGUGUGAAACGGAAACCUAAAGAAAUUGAAGAAGCAAAUAUUAUAGAAAUAAAUGGAGAAGAUAUUAAACCAGAUGAAAGAGAAUGGUUAAUAAAAGCAUUAACAGAAGAGCCUAUACAAAGACCAAUAUCUAUGCAAGGUGGUGGAGUAAGUUCUCAAUCUAAAAAGAAACAUCAAAUAACAUAUUUAGCACAUCAAGCUAAAGCAAUGGAAAUGGAAUUGAAGAAUCAAUGGGCACAAAAUAGAUUAACAAGGAAACAAACUCAAUCAAAAUAUGGUUUUUAAAUAAAAAACAUUUGUAAAAUGUGUA